AUGGCGACCAGCCCUGGAAAUGUAGGGUCCCUCCACGUAUGCACGGCAGGGGGAAGGGAGAUCCUGCAUCCCCUUUCCAGCACCCUGACGGUGGAGCAACUGAAAGGGCAUUUGCGAACACGAUUGGAGACUCCUGUAGCCUACCUGAGGCUUUUGCAUGGCAUGGAGGAGUUGUUGGACGACUGGGUUCUCAUGGAGCAUGGGGUUUCGAACGGUGCGAUCUUGACUCAGGUGGCCUCUUGGCUUCCCUUCGGUCUCUUUGGCUUCGAUAGCCAUCACCAAGACUUCUGCCCUGCGGGCCGAAACACCACAGCGACUGUGCAUGUUGACAUUCGUGACGAUGGCACCUUCCACGUAAGGGUCAAGGAAACGGAAAUUACCUCUCUUCUGCAGGGACCAGACUGGGAUCCGUACCUCGAGCGGGCUGCUUUUGCUCAGCAGUACGAAGGAUCGGUGCGUGUUGGGGAGGGAUCUCAGUUGGUUCUCUCUGUCUCCCACUGUGACCGGAGGGGCAUCUUCGUUGAUGAAGAGCCCACAGAGUUGAGAGGCGAACUAUGUCAGGAUGCCAGUGAGGUCAAGUUAGAGAUACCUUUUGCUGCCGGGGCCUGCAACGAGGGACGUGCCGGUUUGAAAUGGCUCACAGUUUCACAGAGCCAUGUACCUCAGAUCGACGACUCUCCAGACAGCUCACACCGAGCUCGGAGAUUUCUAAGGCUACAGAGACCCCCUGCCACUCAGCAAAGUCGCCUCAGAAGAGUGCUGUCACGUGCUUUUGGAUGUUUCUCGAGGCCGGAAUGA